ACCUCAGGGCUCUUCCGUCAUAUCAGCCUGACGAUGAAAGUUUGAAGCCUGUGCCUUGUUCGAUCCUCCAGCCAACGGCUGACCUCCUCGAUUCUGUCCCCAGGAAUACCUUGCGAAUGAGGGCCGGAAGAAAGGAGGGAGGUAUGGGUGGAGGCGAGCAUAAAUUCUGUUGGUUUUCGUGGUUGAGUGAUGUGGGAAUGGAGCAUUACGCAAGCAAAUUCGAGAAGAACAUGCUCGGGGAGCAGGACGUGGUACAUAUGAAUCACGACCUGCUCAAAAGCAUGGGCAUACACGUCGCCAAGGAAAGAAUAAAAGUGCUGGAUCGCUAGACGAAACACUUGCAAGAGAAAACGAAGCGAAGCAACUCAAUGCUGAAGAAAGUGGUGAAGAAAAUUCAGGAACAUCAGCAGGCUAGUAUCGUACGCAGGGUGGAGAGAAGCGGCGUCGACGAAUGCAAGUUGCUGGACUGGGCCAAAGCGAACUGGCUGCUGUGCGAUAGGACUCGGUUGGUCGAAGAAGCUUAUCUGAGACCUAGUGCUCCCAGUCAAAGGACGAGCAUUCUUACCGAUGACAAUCGAACCGAGUCGGAUCAAGAGGUUCUACGAUCGACGAAGGACAUCUUGUGGGCCGUCCUUUUCGGCACCGAGAAGACGAACGUGCACUUGACCCGCGUCGCUCGUGAGCUGCUUUGCUUGACGGUUCCUUCUUACAAAGCUUAUGCCUUCAACUUCUUCCGAGCCGUCACAGAGUUGGGUGCUUCGGGCACUUGGAGGUAUCCAGACAACGUCAGUAACGACCACAAUGCUUCCAACAUUCUUCUCCAGGUCGAGUUUGGGGAGACAGAAUCGAACCUGAUCGGUGAUGUGAUCAUGGUCUGCACUCAUCUGAUUAACCUCCUCGAAGUGAACGAGCAGGUCCUCUACGCUCGAUGCAUCAGCGUCGAGCAGAGUACGUUGUUCACUCAUUUGUAUUUCCAGCGAUCUUCGUACAGACAUAAAAUCGUGUGCAUACUAUUCUCAACUCCGAAUCCCGGAAUUUUCACCGGCCAAUCUUCUCCGAGAGCCUCUCUUUCUGCAGGAGAUGGAGGCCUGCCAUAACAUGUACUUUCAUUCGUUAGCAUGUGAGGAGGUUCCAUUGUAGAGCUCUCUGGGCUACAAGGUUGCCAAUAGAGGGCCUAGGGAAUGGGGUUUCCUUGACACAAGGCUGGAUCUUAUGAGAGUAUUCCCAUGUUUAAACCAUUGUCGGGAUAUGUGACUGGAAACAGCUUCCUAUGCUCACAAGGCCCCAGAGAGAUUUUCUUAUUGUGCUGAAAACAAUGAGGAAGUGGCAAUCGUUUCACGUUAGAACAUCCAUGCAGUUGAUAAAUAUCAGCACCUGAUCUGAAGCAGAUCUGGAAGAGCUCAAUACGCACCACGGUGUGAUGCAAGCUGGGAUCGCUGAAGACUGGAUUAACGAAGUAGGAAGCGGAAAUCUCUGAAAUGCCACCUUAUCUAUCGAAAGUCCGCCUAAGAAUGUAGCUUUUGAAAUCUCUGCUGUCGUUCUUGACCUCCUUCUCCUGAUUUUAAAAAAACUUGAUGGAGCAUAAGAUGAUACAGAUCUUUACGACCUUUCAAAAGGCUCGCGACUUUGACGUUUCAAUCUGCUGAAAUCUACAACUCUAUAAUGUCCCGCUUCGAUUAUGGUGGAGUUUGUACACUGAGCGGGUGCGUCAAGGCAUCGGAUUAAGUCUCGGAAGACGUGUGUAAUGUUUUGACCACGGAUGGAGACCAAGCUGCAGGGCUGUACUUGCUUUCGCUUGCUCUCAUCCUUUAAAAACUGGUGAAGAGUGGAUGUUGACGUAAGAGAUAUGUGCCUCUGCAUUUGGCCGCGAAAGUGCACCCUUCAUAGAGAUAGAAAUUGCUUAGUUGAAACUCCAGAACACACUUUCAAGAAAACCUGCUGAAAACAUGAGCAAUGCUCUCGCUUUGAGAAUCUGAUUCGAGAAGCUCCUCCCUAGCAAUGCUACUCAACAUGUGAAGAAUAUUCUCAAAUUCUCUCUCGUGAAUUUACAGAAUGCUUGGCGG